AUGGUUAAUCCCAAAGUACAAGCGGCCAGCAAGUUACCUCAGGAGAGAACACCUCUUCACCUGGCUUGUGCUAAUGGGCAUCCAGAUGUUGUGUGUCUCUUAGUAGAGAGAAAAUGUCAACUAAAUUUGUUGGAUAAGGACAGUCGAACACCUUUAAUGAAGGCAAUAGAGUGUCAGCAGGAGGAGUGUGCAACAAUCCUGCUGGAACAUGGUGCAGACCCUAAUCUUGGGGAUGCCAGGAACAACAAUGCACUUCACUAUAUUGCCUCUGGUCGGACCAAAUUCAUGGCAGAAAAACUGGUUAAACAUAAAAUUGAUAUUGAAGCAAAAAACAAGGAAGGCCUUACGCCACUUUUGCUUGCAGUUUCAACAAUGAACUUUGAAAUGGCAGGUUUUCUCUUAAAGAAUGGAGCAAAUGUAAAUGCCUUGGAUAGCUGUAAAAGGUACAAUAAUUAAA